AUGAAGGUUUUGAUUAUAGGCGCAGGCUCAACGGGACUUGCCCUUGCACACGGUUUGCACAAAGAAGACGUGGAAUACACAGUAUUUGAGCGAGAUUCUGAAUAUACGUUUUUCAACAAGGCCCGAGACUGGGGAAUGCAACUUCAUUGGGGAAAAGAGCAUCUAUUCAAAGUCCUUCCGGAGAGUUUGCGCUUGCGUUUUGAUGAAGUCCUCGUCGAUCCACAUUUCAAGGAUGACCUUCCUUUUCCUCAUAUAAAUGGCGAGACAGGAGAAGUAAUCGCAGAGAUACGAAUGCCCGGGUUGGUGCGUGUGUCAAGAGGGAAACUAAGGAAAUUACUUUCGGGUGGACAACAGGUCACCAUCCAGUUUGAAAAGAAAUUGGUCGAUAUUGUCAUUACUCAAUCUGGAGUAGUAGCCUCAUUCUCGGACGGGACUCAGUAUUCGGGUGACCUUCUUGUUGGAUGCGAUGGCUCUCACUCCAAAGUACGCGAAUAUCUUGUCGGUGCGGACCUUGCAAAGCCAGUCGAUAUUGAUUUGACCAUGAUAAACCAUGCUGUGAGCGGCUACACUGCUAGUCAAGCCCAUUUGUUGCGCAAGUAUCAUCCCAUUGGAAAGCUGGGGUAUGACCCGCAGAUCUACGGUAUCUUCCUUUUGGCGGUAGCACUCGAUUGCUCCAACCUUGAGAAGCCAGAAGAAUGGAAGUUCCAAAUCCAGCAUUCCUGGUGGGGAGCACCUCGAAUCAGCGAACUGAACGAUCCCAAAAAAAGGUUACAGUUCUACAAAGGCAGAUGUUCAAAACUUUGCGAGCCAUUUAGAACAGCGGCUCUCGCAUUAAGCGAUGACAUUGUCCUCUCAAUCGAUCAGUCGCGGCAGUGGGCGCCGAUCAAAUGGGAUAACCGGGGUGGACGAGUGACUCUAGCUGGAGACGCAGCUCAUUCCAUGCUACCCCAUCGCGGCCAGGGGUUAAAUAACGCUAUGCAAGACACGGGAGAGCUUUAUGGCGCCAUCAAGGCUAUAGCUUCUGGGAAAUCAUCUCUUGAACCAGAAAUCACAUCUUAUGAAAACGCAAUGCGCCCGCGUGGAGUAAAAGAUGUCGACCUGUCGCUUGAGACGGGCCAAAAGAUGCAUGUGUCCUAUCUUCAAGAGAGCCCCUUCCUGAAGAUGGGAUUCCAUAAGCCAAAAGGUGCUUAG